UGAGUUUUUUUUCCUUGAAGAAAAUUAAAUUUUCUCAUUUUUAAAAUUAGAAUUAAAUUUGUUGUAUUUUUAAGGUAAUUAAUUUAAUUAGAAUUUAUUGUUUUGUGUUUUGUGAUUUGUGUCGGUGAUACAAUUGGUUGAAAUGAGUAAGAAAGGUGGUCUUUCUAAAGAUGAGAAGGCUCGUCGUGCUUUGGAAUAUCUUUCUAAUUCUAAAAGUGUUUUUCAAUUGAAAGAGUUGGAGAAAAUUUUACCCAAAGAGAAGGGAAUUGUUUCUCAAACUGUUAAGGAUGUUAUUAAAGCUCUUCAAGAUGAUGAUCUAAUUGAAACGGAUAAGAUUGGUACGUCUACUUAUUUUUGGGCUUUUUCUUCUAAAAGAUCGGAAACGUUGAAGAAAAAAUUGAAAACCGAUCAUGAACGAAAUGAAAAAUUGAAAAGUGAUCUUAUUGAGGUGGAAAAGGAGCUAAAUAAAACGUCUACUGAUGAUUUGGAAGAACGUAAAAGUAAAAUGUUGGAAGUAACCAAAUUGACCCUUGAAAGAGAUCAACUGAAAGCUAAAUGGAAUUCAGUUAAAUUCAACAAUCCGGAAUAUGUUGAUGAAAUCAAUGGUGAAAUAAAAGUGUUAAAAAAUGAAGCCAAUCGAUGGACAGAGUAUAUUGAGGUUAUACGUGAUUUCUGCCGUAACAAAUUUAACGUGGAAACAAGUCAAUUUAACAGUCAAUUCGAGUUACCAGAAGACUUUGACUACAUCGAAUGAUGGUUUUCUUCAAUACAAUCAAGAAAAAAGUAUCAUUUGUUAAUUUACAAAGAACAUUUAAUUUUAUAUUUUUAGAACUCAAAAAUCUACAUAAUCAUAACCAUUGUUGUUGACUAUUUGCUGAUAAAUCCAAAAGUCGCCAAGCUGCUUUAGGAUUAAGCUCUUCUUGAUCUCGACAUAAUACCCAAACAUAAUGGAAUCUAAGAAUCGCGUUCUAAUAAGACAGAAAAGAAAGGAAUAACAUCAAUUAUUAAUCACUUCAA